UAGCGUGGGAUAUCCAGGUCAGCUCACUAAGCACCUAGCUGCUGUCACCAACAACAGGCCGCGACGGCCAUUGCUUCUCGUAUAAAGAGGACAGUUAGUCUGUCAAAAGCUUAGUAGAAGCUAGACUAUACUUAUGGCAUUAAUAGUAGCAAGGCUAGAUCGUCAUCGCGUCUAUUGCUAGAAGUGUUUGCGAUACUUCAAGUCCUCUGCACUUUCGGCAGCCUGACACGAUGUACAAAUUGGAGCUGUUCAAGAUGCCGUCUUAUUCAAAACGGCAUAAAGCCAUGAGUUUCGGUCUUCUCGGUGGUUUCAUCUUGUCUCUAUCGCUAGUAUACUCUGGUGCAUCUGCAUUCGAGGUCACUGGCUGGGGCGCUGAAUAUGACUCUGAUUACAUGUCCAUUGUGAGUGUCCUACCAGAAAACAAACGCACUCAUGGACGCCGUAAUUGAUGAAAGUUGUGUUAUGAAGAGCCUCGGACCUUCAUACUCAAGCGUGGGCAUAAUUCAACUUGGUGCCAGGAGGAUACCGUAUGAUGGACAGAGCUUUACCAUCAUGGGGUCAGAUGAAUCAGCACAUCACACACAACAUGAUCCAAGUCUUUCAAGUGCUCUAUUCGAUUACAGUCAUAUGGUUUGCGAUGCCACGGAGCCCGAGUACUUUUUACAUCGAGCCAUGAAACGCCAGAUUUCUCGAGUAGACUUAAGCGCGAACUCUCACGAAGCUCACGUAUUCAAAGACACCGUGAUCGAAGCUCUCCAGAAACUCAAGAAGACGGCCGAAACCUGGACACUUGGGCCCAUUGAACAGGCGGUCGUGACUGUGCCACAGUAUUUCACUACGGAAGAGCGCAUUACCAUCACGGAGGCUGCUUACUCAAUUGGAUUAGAAGUGCUUCGCAUCAUGAACGCACCUAUCGCCGCUGCUAUCGGGUUCGGCAUAGAUAAGCUGGACGAUGAGUUCCACUUCAUUGUCUAUGACCUAGGGAGAGAAACUUUCGAGGUAUCUUUGUUCGAGUUCGAUGCAGGAGUAUUUGGAUGUCUGGCCAGUAUCAGUGAUAACCAGCUUGGCAGAGAGGUAAGCGAACUGAUGCAGAAAAAGCGGCUAAGAGGGAGCUCUGAGUUCGACGCAACCGAGAUGGAGAUAUUGGAGAAGACACUACCCCUUCUGGACCAAGUCAUCAAAAGAGCGAAUCUUUCUAGCAACGAUAUCUCAAAAGUCGUUAUUGUGGGCGGCUACACAGGAGCGCCACAGUUACGAUCCAUGGUAGAGAUCAUGUUCGGCACCGGAACCUCUGCGAUCUCUGACUAUCCAGGAAGUCUUCGGUCGAUACCAGGCCUGGGGGACUACGACGAAAUUGUUACGUUUGGUACCGCUGUAUUUGCCGAGAAUCUGUGCGGACGAGGAGUGUAUGGUGACCUAGUCGGUACGCUUGAGUUGAACCCACGAUCAAUCCUGAUCGAAACCAUCGGAGGCGAGGCGCUGCGGGUGUUGAAUCGGUACACAGUACUCCCAUUCACUCGGACCAUGAAUAUCACCACGACUGUCGACGGACAGUCGAGGGUCGUCAUACCAGUCUUCCAAGGCGAGCUUGAAGACGCGAGAAAGAACGACAAAGUGCUCGUUCUCAGGCUGGAAUGCAUCCCGCCUGCACCUCGCGGAACUCAUACCAUCGAAGUUGCUCUGGAGGCGGGCGUUGACACGGCGAAUGAUGCGUACAGAUUUCUACUCAAGGCGUCGGCAUAUCUCAAGGGUGGAAGGGAGCAGUGUUCGGACAAUGCUUCCGGAGUUCUUCAUGAUUUCGGCGCAGUUGACGCACUCACUGGCGAAGAUAUUGAACUUGAAGCUGCUUAUGUUUAUGGGAGAGCUGAGCCCACCAAGUCCGGUACAUGUAUCAAUAGCCGAAGCGAAGUUGAUCAGCAUUACGUCGCGGCAGCUGGUGAAGUCUCUUAGUAAAAUACAACUAGCAUCACCUCCUUCA